AUGCGUGUUGAGGACACAGGGACGUAUUUCCCCAGUGUGAAGCGCUGUCCUGGCCGUUACCUGCAGCCCUGCUCAGAUGCGGUGAAGAGAUGGUUGAGGAGCAUGAAGAAGAGCGGGAAAAUCCUGCUGCUCAUCACCAGCUCACACUCUGACUACUGCCGGCUCGUGUGUGAGCACAUACUCGGAUCGGACUUUGAGGAGCUGUUUGACAUCAUUAUCACUAAUGCUCUGAAGCCUGGAUUCUUCUCUUUGGUUCCGCAGCAGAGACCUUUCAGAACGCUGGUGGAUGAUGUUGAAGAUAGUGAAGGACUACCAUCUCUGGAAAAGCCUGGUUGGUAUUCUCAGGGCAACUGGCCUCAUCUCCACGAACUACUGAAGACCAUGACCAACAAAACAGAGCCCAAGGAUCAAGGAAUGAAAUCUCCUUCAGCUGUAUCAAACCAGUGGGGCUCAUAUUUUGUGGAUGUGCAAAAGAAUGAAGGAGAGGAAACACGGAGUCUCACCUGGUGUUGCCACAGUAUCCACACAUACAGCACCAUGGCUAUACCCAGCAUUGAGGCUAUAGCUGAUCUUCCUCUAGACUUUAAGUUCCAGAGAUUCUCUUCGGAUAAGCCCAUCACGACAGGUUAUUACCCCAGACCUCCAGACUCACUGCUGAAAUGGGAAGAGAACUAGCCCCGAACCCUCAUGCCUGUCAGCAUAGACCAAGAGAUUGUUUCACCGUUACGUUCUGGAGCUGCACCACAGAGCUAGACCAUCCAUUCGUCCAAUCAGUGAUUAAGCUGUGUGAAUGUAACACCCAGAGCGCUGUCUGUGUAUUUUCUUCUCACCCCUUCCUGAAUCACUACAGCAUACACAGUAUGAAGUUGUGUCUGUACACAUGCUGAAAAUCUGUGCAUUGAUCAUUGGAUGUAGGAGGAAGUCACAGUGUAUCGUGUCUCACCCAGCAUUGUGGACCCACUACCAUUAAACUACUUUUAAUGGUGUACAGAGAAAAAAAAAACGUAGCUUUCCCAUGAGCUCUGUGUGUUUUUUUGUUUUGUUUUGUCCUGUUUUUAUGAAGGGAAUGUUAUAUGACCUCAGAGGAUUUGUUCUUGCAGCUGUUGUAAACGCUUUCUUAGGAAAGCAAUGCACAAAUUAUAUUGAAUAUUCAUGCAAUCAAGAAACAGCCAUGAGUUCUUUGCUCUUUUUAUGAUUGGUUGAUGUUUUGAGAGGGUUGUAACCUGCAGGUUUUGUAACUGGUUCAGAUCUGGGCUGGUUUGUUUUACUUUCCAUCAUUAGAUUAUGAUUUCAAUACUUUAGUUUACUGUAGCUUACUGUAUUCUGCAGACGUUUCUGUGACAAAUGGAGAAAUGGUCGUCAUACUUCCAAGCGGCAGUAAUAAAAGGAAUAGUUUACCCAAAACUAACCAUCUAACUAAACCAUCGUGUUGUUCCAAACCAUUGAGCUGUUGAUGGAACAUAAAGACUUUGCUGAAGAAUCUUCAUGCAGCUCUUUCCAUACAGCAACAGUUUAAAGUUUGUAAGAAGGACGGAAAUAAAAGCACCGAAAACUAGUCUGUAUGACUUAUGUGCUACAUUUCAAGUCUUCUGGUGCCACAAGAAGUUGUUAUUUACUGACCAUUUUUUUGUUGUUAACCAUAGAGCCCUUGCAUAAGCUCACUGAUUUAGUCAGCUGACCUCAAGAACUGGAUCAUUGAGUUAAUUGGUGUUUUGAGGGGUUUCUUUUCUCGUUGAUCUUGUAAAUGAUGUGUUUACAGUCAGACUGAUUUGUUUAACUUGCAGACUUGAUGAUCCAGUUACAGCAGUUCUCAGGUUAACAGCUCACUGACGGGAAGGUUUAUCAGUGAAAAAGGACUCACAUUUUGGUCUGUUCCUCACAUCGGAAGACAUGAAAUAUAGCAAACAAGUCUUACACUCUUAAAAAUAAAGGUGCUUCACGAUGC